GCCAAGUUCCUCUCCGCCUGGCUUGCCAAUCUUCCCUUCCCUCAGUGCAUCAGUGGCUUCUGUCAACGAAGCCCUUACUAUUGGAACUAUGCCGCAGAGAGUUUCUUUUUAAAGACACCGCGGCGGUAUAAAUCCUCAAAACCAGCUUUUCAGCUUCCACACUGUGGACAGUCCAUCAUGUUGUCCCGGCUGAGGAGCAGCUUUUCCUUGAGGCCUGCCUGUGUGUCUGCCUGCAGAUGGGCACACACCAAAGAGAAGGGCAAGCCAUUAAUGCUCAACCCCCGCACCAACAAAGGAAUGGCCUUCUCUUUACAGGAGCGACAGAUAUUGGGCUUGCACGGCCUCCUGCCUCCGAAGGUAGAAACACAAGACCUCCAGGCCAUGCGCUUCCAGAACAAUCUCAAGAAAAUGACAGAUCCGCUUGAAAAGUACAUCUAUUUAAUGGGCAUCCAGGAGAGAAACGAGAGGCUCUUUUACAGAGUGCUGAUGGGAGACAUCGAGGACCUGAUGCCCAUCGUCUACACCCCCACCGUUGGCCUGGCCUGCACACAGUACGGACACAUCUUUCGACGACCCAAGGGCUUGUUUAUCUCCAUUCUGGAUAAAGGACACAUCCGCUCCAUCUUGGACAACUGGCCAGAGACCAAUGUGGCUGCAGUCGUCGUGACCGAUGGAGAACGUAUUUUAGGCCUGGGCGACCUGGGUGUUUACGGCAUGGGAAUCCCUGUUGGCAAACUCUGCCUGUACACAGCAUGCGCCGGCAUCAGACCUGAGAAAUGUCUGCCUGUCGUGAUUGACGUCGGCACGGACAACGAGACUCUCCUCAAGGAUCCGCUCUACAUGGGCCUGUACCAGAGGAGAGACCGCUCUCAGGCUUAUGACGACCUCAUCGAUGAGUUCAUGGAGGCCGUGGUGGACAAAUAUGGGCAGGACACGCUGAUCCAGUUUGAGGAUUUCGGGAACCACAACGCAUUUCGCUUCCUCAGGAAGUACAGGGAGAAGUACUGUACCUUCAAUGAUGAUAUCCAAGGCACUGCAGCUGUGGCCCUCGCUGGUCUGCUUGCAGCUCAGAGGGCCACUGGGAAGCCCAUCACAGAGCACCGAGUGCUUUUCCUCGGAGCUGGAGAGGCUGCUCUCGGCAUCGCGAACCUGAUUGUCAUGGCCAUGAUGGAGUCGGGCAUGUCGCAGGCGGAUGCCAGGCAGAAAAUCUGGAUGUUCGACAAAGAUGGCUUACUCGUAAAGGGAAGGUUGCAGGCGACGGACGGCAACCAGGAAGCAUUUGUUCAUGACAGUCCUGGUGACGUUCACAGCUUUUUGGAUGCUGUCAACACCAUAAGACCCACAGCUAUCAUUGGCGUGGCGGGAGCCGGUCGACUGUUCAGCCACGAUGUCAUCAAAGCCAUGGGCGCCAUGAACGAGCGGCCCAUCAUCUUCGCCCUGAGCAACCCCACUGCCAAAGCAGAGUGUACUGCCGAGGAUGCCUACACGCUGACAGAUGGUAGAUGUCUUUUUGCCAGCGGUAGUCCAUUUAAUCCCGUGACUCUGAGUGACGGACGAGUCUUCACUCCUGGACAAGGCAACAACGCUUACAUCUUCCCAGGUGUGGCUCUGGCUGUCAUCCUGAGCGGAGUGCGCCACAUCAGUGACACGGUGUUCUUGGAGGCCGCCAAGACGCUGGCAGAGCAGGUGACCGACAAAGAGCUGGAAGAAGGCCGACUGUACCCGCCUCUCUCUAACAUCAGAGAGGUUUCUCUCCAGAUGGCUGUGAAGGUAGUGGAGUUCGUGUACGCCAAAGGCAUGGCGUUCCGCUACCCGGAGCCGCUGGACAAGAAUGCCUUAGUGCAUGCCACCGUGUGGAACACAAACUACGACUCCUUCCUACCUGACACCUACGACUGGCCUGGGAUUUUUACAGCUAAAUCAACAUGAAAAGAAGGAGUAAAAUAUGUAGGUAUAUUUUUCUAUUGUACUGUAGGUGUGUGUUCAGAUGUUUUGUGCACAAAAGGCAACUUUAUUUAUUGCUUCAUAUUGCUGCAUAGUUUAGUCAUUGUGAUCUCACACACUGGAAACAUGCAAACCCCACGGCCUAAAAGUAAAUAUGAACCAAUUACCUUGAUAUAAACUUGAGGUAUAGGACAUUGUUGAAUGCCAGGACAUCUUUUAACACUGUUUUAAUCAAUUGUAAUCAUCUGUGCUGCCGCCAAAUGACUGCUAAACGUCAAGUUUGUUAGAUGUCGUAUCCAGGAUACAGCUUUUACUGUCAUACUGAAUGUAGUCUGUUUAAAAUGUAUGUAUUUUAAGAAAAUCUCAAUUAAGUGUUGUCUGUGUUGCCAUUGUACUGUAUGUCAUUAGUGUAUAUGUAUUGUGGUACCAUAAAAUGUUUAUUUGUACUGAAUAGUAAAAUGGCCUCACCCUCUGUUUGCUGAGAACCCAAUAUUGAUGCCGCUUAACAAUAAUUGUUUGUUUAAAGAGGUGAAUAAAAAUGUUAAAAUGUA